UGGCUGUACAAGGAAGUUUUGACUUGACCAUGUCCCGACGACCGAAGGGCCGAGCGAAGGAGAACGUCGCGGGUGAACUGUACGACUCCAAUGCGAUUCAAAUAGCGAGGGGCAAUUCUAACUCUGGGAGCUCCGCGGAACAGAAGGCUCAGUUUGAUCAAAUGACACAAAUGAUGAAAUCCAUGGGGAUGCCGAUCCCGCCUGGAAUGACGCCAGAACGAAUGCAGCAAGCGAUGCAAGCUAUGGGCAUGGGCGGUGGUAUGGGUGGUCUGCCGGGUAUGGGAGGGAUGCCAGGAAUGGGCGGUGGCGGCGGCAUGCCGGGCUUCCCUGGAAUGGACAUGGACCCUGAAGACAUGGAAGAACUGAUGGGUUUGAACCGCGGCCCCGCCGCGAUCUUCGGCAACAACACCCCGAGCAGUGUGGAUUUCUCUCGCUGGGCGACGUUCUACCCGAAUUACAUCGACUCGAGCAAAACCAACGCUGACGGGCGGCGUAUUCCCAAGAGCUUUGCGUGCGACAAGCCCAUCGUCGACGAAAUGGGUGAGGUGUGCCGGUACUUCCAGCUGAAGUACGUCAUCGAGCCGUACAAGCGAUACUCCCGCGAUGCUACGGUCCAAGGACGGGUGCGUGUCAAAUUGACCGACAACGGGUCGUUUCUUCACCACGAAAUUCACACGCGCAAGGACUUGAUGCUGAAAAUGGGCGAACUCAUUCCGAAGCUCCAAAUUCGGACCGAGCGCCUGGCCAAGGAGUUGGAAGCCGCCAAGGCAACCGCCUCCGGUCCGUCGACGGCGGCAUCGAGCAGCACGGCGAGCAAGAAGAAGGGAAAGAAGAAGGGCAAACGAUAAACGAGUGGUUGUAUAAACUAGUCAACGCUGGGGUUCUUUCCAUAUGCAAGUUAACUGCGGCGGCCUCGCGCCCGCCCGCGUCCUGGGGCCGCCGGACGAGCAA